UUUCACCAUCGGCCCGGUGACGAUUCGCCGCGCGCCGCAAUGGCGCCCUUGGAAAGUCAGCAGGGCUCCGAUGCCGAAUUUGAGGAAGGUGGUUGGGAUGACUUGUUGACCCCGUACCCGGUCGAAUCAGACCUGGCGGUGGGCGGCGUCGCGACACACCGCGACGCUGCAGUGGGGGAUGACGCAGACGCGGCGGACGUGGGCGUGCAGGCAUCACCUUCCUUGCCCCUCUGGGCCUUAGAGAAGAUUCGUGGCUUCUCAGGUCUUUCGCAACCAGUGGACAAGAAUACGGUUCAGGAGCUCUUAGCUUUGCUUCCCGCCUUGCCAGCACCAGAUGGACCCAAGCUGCUGUUGGACGAGAUUCGCUUGCGAAAUCCUGAGCUCUUUGAACGGCUCUAUGAGAGCAUGAGGCGGACCAAACAACGAACAGAGGCGGCGUGAUGUGACUCAAGCAACCCCUUGUCGAGCAAUGGAAUUGUGGAAGAAUUUCUUAUAUGCAAUGCUCGAGGUAUAAAAUCUCUAGUCUAGAAUUGAUUUGUAAACAAUCAUCCUGC